AUGGGAUAUAAGAUAUAUUCUAACUCUGACUUAGUUCAAACAGUAACAUGGGCAAACUAUGAAUGGUUCGCUUUGAGAAACUCAGUACAACCACAAGCUAGAGAACAAACAGACCAGUAUGCAACUAUUGAGAAAAUAAGAAGACUUGACCCUAACGUUCCAGGAGUUUAUGUUGACCUUUCUGGACAAACUGCAGCAGCAGUAACCAAAGUAAAACUGAAACUUAGAGUUCCUUUGUCAUCUUUCCUCAUCUUCAGGUUUUUAAGAUACUUGCCAAACUGGGCAGGAAAAAUUUCUAUCGAACUUACUCCAAGCAAAAAUAACUUAGUCAUUGCACCAACACAAGACCCAUUCACUCUUACAGAAGUAGUGGGAACAAAUAAAAUGUCAUUCGCCGACUUUUGCAAAAACAAAGUUGACUUAGACUUUGGUUUCUCAAACCUCAACACUGAAGUAAACUAUUAUUUCAAUGCUGCUGGAGAUGCUUGGGACCCAGUUAAGUUCACAUGCGAAAAGUUUGAAUGCAAGAGAAUAGAAAGCAGACUUGCAGUCUAUAUGUUGGACCCAGAUAUUUCAAAUGCUUUAGCUGCCAAAUAUAUUGCAGUUCCACUUAUGUUCCCUAUACACCAAAUAUCUGUCAAAGACUUUGCAGGUGAAGUUGGAAACCAAAGUGCUGACCCAGGUGCAAGAACAGAUAUUGCUUUAACAACUGCAAUGAAACAUGCAGAUACUAUGUUUGUACUGUUCAGACGAACUAUAAAUGACUAUUCUUGCUUCUACAACCCUGGUAUUAAAUAUCAUAUAAACAUAGAUGGCAAAUAUUAUCCAAGAGAAGAAUAUUCUACAGUUGAGGAUAUGAGGUCAUACAACUUGACAUUAGAUGCUAUGAACUUUAACAACAACUUCACAACAACCAUUAACCCUGAAAUGCAAAGUUCUAUUAUGCCAUAUGUGAAAGUAUGGACCCAUACAGGAAGUCAAAAAACUCAAUAUACAAAUGGAGACCGUUCAAACUUUUGGCUUGGCAUUCCAUUUGCUGACUCAGAAGACUUUAUGGGUGGUAUUUCAACUGUUGGUACAGUUCAAAUACAAUAUACUGGUGACAGAGACGGUCCAGAUGAACUGAGAGCAAAGAAGUUUACAAAACCAAUAGCACUUUUCACGGAAGAUGCUCUUUUGAAAAUUCGUUCGAUGAAACCUGCUGGAGCUCCUCAGAUUGGCAUAACGACAGCUUCCAUCGAGCAGAUUUUGGCAGCAGGUCAGUAA